CAUGCGGUCGCUAAUUUUCUUCUUCCUAUCAAUCGGGAUUUGCCAAGUGAGUGGAAAGAGUAUCUCUUGUAAAUGCGCAGUCAGUGAUCAAUUCAGUGAUGGAUGUUCACUUGAUGAGGAUGCAGCCUAUGGUUGCCAAAGUGAUGACGAGUCAGCUGACUUAGAAUGCGACUGUUCAACAUGUACCUGCAGUAAAGGUAUAGAGGAAUAUCUAUAUCAAAGCUUCAUUGAGAGCAAGCUGCCAUUUAGUGCUUCUGAAAGAGCGGCAAUCAAAGGAGCCAUAGGUGUAGCCAAUGAAACUUUGGAAGAAUUAAAUGAUCUACUUGAUGGAAUAGAAAAGCUGUUGAUACGUUUUGUGGAAUAUUUGAAAGCUUUCUAUAAAUGGAUAAAAAGUUUGUUCACUGGAGCGUGUACUGAGUUAAGAGAUAAAUGGGAGGAGGCACAAAAGAAGAUCCACGCAACUGCUGAAAUGCUCAAAAAUGUUGAAAGCAUUCGUGAUAGCAACAAAGAUUUGCCAGCGGACAUUAUGAAGACCAUUGAGGACAAAAUUGAGGGAUUGCAAAGAAUGGAAAUCGAAGAAAAAUUAAUGCUAAAGAAGAUUGAAAAAGAAAUGACUUUGGAAGAGUUCGAGUGCCUAAAAGAUAGCCAUUGCCCAUUUGACGCAAACUUUCCUGAACGCAUACACUGCAAAUCUGACUGUAAGUGCCAUGAAUGUAGAAAUAACGAAGAUUGCAAACGCCCAAAACCAAAAUGUAAUGAAAACGACGAUGAGAUCAUGGUUUGUGGAGAUCCUCAUAUUAAACAGACGAUCCGAGGGACUGAACGUAGAUUCUGCUACAACAUCUAUGGUGCUCCUGAUUCGACAUAUUUGUACCUCCAUGAUGAUGAUUUGGAUGUUCGUUCCACAUUGAUAAGUGCUAUUGCACUUGAUGGGGAACUUGCAAAAUAUGUUGGGAGUAUUCAAAUAACCAAAGGACGUGUUGUAAUAAGAAUUGAUCCUUAUUAUGUCCGUGUUGAUGAUAAUGGAAAGGUGACGAAACAAAAAUGGAAAUUCGGUGAACUGAAAUUUGACAAUGGUCUUGGAAUGGUUGUAUUCGACAGUAAUACAGAUUUGAAGGUGGUACUUGGUGAUGGAAAAUUUAUUGAUGUAUGGAGACACGAGAGGUUUAUGAGCUUUGAUAUAACUGAACUGUCUGGUCUAUCGAACUCUGCUACUGGCAUAAUGGCUUCUAUUGGAUUGAAUGCUGUUUUCAAGCCAAGUGACGGAGCUAAUGAGACUGGGACACUAAUCUGGCAGGACGUUUCUAUCCCUCUAUUCAAAGCGGACAGAUACUGCUGGAAAAUUAAACACAUAUUCAAAGAUCAAUUCCGAAAAUUGCUUGAUGAAUUCAAAGUGAACGAAUUUGCAAAUGCUACUGUUCGUGGCAAUGCUGAUAAAGAACAAUGA